UCUGUUUAAAGUCUUGAAAAAAAUAAAGCACCUUUGCUGUCCAGGUCUCUUUACCCUUCCCUUUUCCUCUUCAUCUUACACUGUCUGUCAAACUUUGCUUUCUCAUGUUACAUAUCAAUUAUAUAGUCUCAACAAAAAAGAUUUAUUAAUAUUCUUUUGUUACAUAGCUUUUGUCUUGUCAGAAUAAUAGAUAGUGAAAUGAAGUCAUGGCUACUACUACUAUGAUCUCUUCACAAGAUAACCAGAAUGCCCUUAUUUACCCUUCUUCUAUGCAAAUGGUUUAUGCUGACCUUGGAUCUCUCUCUCUUGCCUCAAACAAAGAGACUUAUGGUUGCAGGAGUUUUAUGAUGGAUGAUGAUAUGGAAGGAAAAGGCUCUUAUUGUAGUGAGGAGACAAACCCUAAUGAGAAUAAUGGAAGUGGGAAAGAGGAAGAUAAUGGACAGUCUAGUAAAUGUGCUAGAGGACAUUGGAGACCUGCUGAGGAUUCUAAGCUUAAAGAACUUGUUGCUCUUUAUGGUCCUCAGAACUGGAAUCUCAUUGCUGAAAAGUUAGAAGGAAGAUCAGGCAAGAGUUGUAGGCUAAGAUGGUUCAACCAACUGGAUCCAAGAAUAAACAGAAGAGCAUUCAAUGAAGAAGAGGAAGAAAGACUAAUGCAAGCGCAUCGAAUUUACGGAAACAAAUGGGCCAUGAUAGCGAGACUAUUUCCAGGAAGAACAGAUAAUGCUGUAAAGAAUCACUGGCAUGUUAUAAUGGCAAGAAAGUACAGGGAACAAUCCAGUGCAUACAGGAGAAGAAGAUUAAUGAACCAAACUAGUGUUUACAGGAGAAUGGAUCAAAAUCCAAGCUUUGUCUGCAGGGACACCACAACAACAAUGGAGACAGAACCAUCACCACCUUAUUUCCUCAAUGGAGCCCCACUUGGGAAUAAUGUGUCCAUUUUUCCUUAUGCUGCUUCUUUCCAACAUGGUGUUCAUGGUGGUGGGGUUGAGUAUGGUUUUAAUGGUUUGCCUCACAUGAGUGGUGAGAGAGAAGCUUUGCAAGGACCCCUACAUGUUGGUUUCUAUGCUCAACAAGCUCCUUUUGAUUUCUUCUCUGGUAAUAGAAGCAAUGAAAUGGUGGAAGAAUCAAUGAAUCAGAUAAGAUAUUGGGAAGGGACAAAUGAAGAACAUCAACAGCAAAUAUCAAGUUUCCACCAUCAUUAUCCUCAACAACACCAAUAUCUGAUGUCAAUGCAGCAACAACAACAACACCAACAACAAAACAAUCACAAUUUCAACAGUUUGUCAAAUUCCUUAGCAUCAUCAACACCUCACAACAACAGAGAAAACAGUGGAAAAGUUGUGAUUGAUGACACACAUGAAGCUGUUGAAACUCCUCAAUUUUUUGACUUCCUUGGAGUAGGUGCUACAUGAUCUUGAAAUGAGUCCAAAAAAAGUUGCAGAAUUUUCCACGGAAGUUGCUGAAUAUAGGUGUGGUCCAACAUAAAUGACAAGUCAUUCAGAGGCAAAUAGAAAGGAUAGUUGCUUUAGUUUGGUGACUGUGUAAGUCCAUUGCGUCAUUUCUGUUGCUAAUGAUGUCACCCUUUUUGUUACCCACAUGGGGACCCUUUUCAAAAAUUAAUAAUCAGAGUUUUUUAAUGUUCUUUUCA